UCAUAUUUGUCUGCCGAGCGGACAGGACAAAGAGCGACGGUGACGAAGUGAAAAUCCACUAGUGAAUACUAGCAUCGCCAUGUUCAGAAGGUUGGUGAGGGAGCGACUCAUGGCGGUUGCUGACGAAAUCAUCUUGAUGUUUGAGAGAACCAUUGCGUCGUACGAGGAGGAAAUUGCUCGCACCAAAGAGGAGAACGAGCGACAACGACGCCGACUGGAAACUGUUAGCAAGAUGCCGAGUGUGCUACACAUUGACGACGUCCCGCAGCUAAUCGGUCGUCAAGAAGAACGUCCGCCUCGGCCGCAGGCGUGGAACUCCACUUCCCAGCAGGAGGAUCCACAGCCCCCCCACGUUAAAGAGGAGGAGGAGGAACUGUGGAUCACUCACGAGGGAGAGCCGGAGGAGGACGAAUUUGCCAAGUUGCCGUUGACCGUAGUCUCGGUGAAGAUCGAAGACGACGAAGACAAACCCCAAGCAGACGACCUCUUAGCUCCACUGUCAGAUAGUGAGGCUGAAGGCAGAGUUAAGGAACCUCUGAGGAGCCAUCCAGACUUUGUGGGGGACAUGAGCACUCGCACUGACCACAAACAAGCAGGUAAAGAACGUUUUAUCUGCUCAAUUUGCGGCGAAACCCUUUCUUUCAGGAGCGCUUUGACUCGACACAUGCGGACACACCGAGGAGAAAAGCCCUUCAGUUGCUCCGUUUGUGCCAAAACCUUUGCUCGGAAGGACAUCUUGAUCGAACACCGGAAAACACACAGCGGAGAAAAGGCCUUCAGCUGCUCGGUUUGCGGGGACAGGUUUGCCCACAAGACCACGUUGAACCGACACAUGAGGACACACACGGGGGAGAAGCCCUUCCGCUGCUCAUUUUGCGGUAAACGCUUCUCUCAAAAGAUCCACAUGGUGGCGCACGUGGCGACGCACACGGGACAAAAACCUUUCGCCUGCUCCGUGUGCGGCAAAAGCUACUCCCUCAAGUCCAAGAUGAUUGCGCACAAGAGAGCACACGCGCUCAGAAAACCCUUCCGGUGUUCGAUUUGCGGGGAGAAAUUCGCGCACCGGUUCUCGCUGAAUUUGCACGUGGAAACGCACAAAGAAGACAAACACUUUGUUUGCGCCGUCUGCGGCAAGUCGUUUUCUCUGAAGAAAAUCCUGAUCGGUCACAUGAGGACGCACACGGGAGAGAAACCCUUUAGCUGCUCGUUUUGCGACAGGGCCUUUUCGUUGAAGAAAAUUUUGACCGUCCACAUGAGGACGCACACGGGGGAGAAACCCUUCAGUUGUUCAUUUUGCGCCAAAGGUUUUACUCAAAAGGCACACAUGCUGUCACACAUGAGGACGCACACGGGAGAAAAACCUUUCAGUUGCGCCAUCUGCGGGGAUACUUUUUCUCAGACGUCCACUUUGAAUAGACACAUGCGGACGCACACGGGGGAAAAACCUUUCCGGUGUUUGAUUUGUGGCGAAAGCUAUUCUCAGAAGAGGAGUUUGACGGCACACAUGCGAACACACGGCGGCGGGGAAUAAACUGGUUGGACUGAACAUGAAUGGUGGAGUUCAACCUUCACCUUUUUGUAAGAAUACAGAACUGUACGUAAAUAUUUAAAAGCACAAUUGAUAGCAAUCUUAAAACAAUGUGUUGGGAAAUGUAUUAGUACAUUACUUCUUUGAUGUAACAAUGAAUAUUGCCA